AUGUCAAGACCGACUUCCAAACACUUUGUAAGGCACUCAUCAAGGAGUUUGCAAAUGAGGUGGCCACAAGGGCUACUGCACUCCAAAGAAGUGAUAAUGUUGUUGAUGCCCAAAAGUUCAAAGACGUCAAAUCCACCAUCGAAAUCAAAGCUGGCACCGGCGGCAGCGACAAAAAAGACAUCACUGUUACCAAUCUACCUCAUAUUAAUGACACAUUUAAACCUAGACGUGAAAAAUCAGAAAGCAGUUUUCGAUAAUAUACUUUUCACAACGGCAGCCACCAAACUUGGUGCUGCAGCUGGUACAAGUGAUUCCGAAGGACUUUGGAAACUCGCAAAGGAACUACAUACUCAAGCCAAUGAACUUCACACUGCAGUAAAGAAAAAUGAUGAUGAUGCUGCCAAAGUACUCAAGCAUAAGGCUGGUGCAACUGCUACCGAAGGACUCCGAGGAUUGGCCGAAACACUAUAUAAAGAGGCCGAUGCACUAGCCACUAAAGUUGGUUCUGCUGAUGGAAAUGCUGCCCAAGGUCUUAGAGAUGCUGUCGGUCAAGAUGAAAAAAAUGGACUUCGACAGGCACUCGCAGCACUUGGUGAUGCUAGAGAUGAUCAACUAACUACUCCGGUCACUGAGGUUAGAAAUCAAUACAACACUGUCAGUGGGAAAUUCGAUGCAGUUAAGGGACAAGAAAAUAAUUAUACCGAUGAUAAGGAACCUCUUUACAAAGCAGUUGAGGCUGCAUGGAAUGCUUUCAAUGAUGUGUAUAAACCUGAAGAAAUACUCAAAAACUCUAGUAAUGAUCUCCAAACCACUAGUCCUGAACUCACUAAGGAUACUGUUCUAGAACUUGAUGCCACUGGCACUCUAAGUGGAGGUGGUGUUAGUGGUAGUCCUCCUGUUAAACUUGCAGGUAUUAUAGUGGUAACCUCCAGUGAUCAACAAAUUGACACUCCACUCACCAUAGGUGGUAUUGGUAAAAGCAGUGGUGUAAGUGGAACCCUAAAUCUCGCUAAUGAUGGUACAAUUCAUGUCUCAAUCACUUCUGGUUCUACCACUAGUAAUCUCACUAUCACCCAGACUGCCUACAACAAUCUCCAAAAGACUACUGAUACUCUUAAGAUUGGUGCUAGCAAGAGUACUCCUCGUGAUCCCACUAAUGCUACAGGCUAUGCUCAAACUCUAAGUCUCAAUAAUGAAACGAGUUUUAAGAAGUACUGA